CUAAUCCUGGAUCCCCAUAUCGUGUUGUAUACAUUGACCGGGACAGACUUGUUAGUCGCCCAUCUACCUUAUCUUGUAAUGUGCCGACCGGCAAGAAGUGCUUGGGGAUAGCUGACUUCGGUUUUUGACUUCCGGUGUCAUGGUUCAAGGCCCGAUCCCUCGCAGAAUUCGUCGCGAGCUGCGACAUUACUCCUUCAAGAAGCUAACAGUCGAGCAGCUGAACCCCCCUCAGACAACCUUCUGGGAGAGCCGGAGUCCAGAGUUCGCAUCACACGAACAGGAGAUGCGUUACCGGCGAGAGGACCUCCGGGAUACACCGGCAUGUGGCCUCGCCUUGUUCGAGGAGCAUGAAAAGUUUGUGCAGGAGCAUCUAAGCAUGCUGAAUGGGUCCAGGCCCGUAUUCCGCCCAAGGUUUGGGCGAGACUGGACGACCCUUCACAAAUCUUACGCCCGAUGGCUUUGGAUGAACUGCCAGACAGGCUGGUGUCCAAAGGAGCCGAGAAGUCAGACACAACCGACGACAGCACUAUGGACGGAGCUGGACAUGAUGAGGCCCACAUGUUGACAGAUCACUCUGACCUUUAAAUUAGAACCAACGUAUCGAAAUUCGUAUUUGACACUGUCCCACACAGCGACGGGAUGGUGGAUAAGUAAGUGGAGUCUGAGCUUUGACCAGCCGAGUUAGGUGGCUUGGUUGGAU